AUGAAGACCUUUGCUGUUCUCUCCCUCCUGGCUCUGGAAAACGGUAGCUGCAAACAAAUCACAUUCAUCUACGCUCGCGGAUCAACCGAACCAGGAAAUAUGGGCAUAGCGCCAGGCCCACAAGCAUGCAAUGCUCUCAAGUCUCACCAAAAGGAACCACCCAAAACGCCAUCGAUGAAGGCGUCAGACUGCUCAGGCUUGCAAACUCAAAGUGCCCCAGCACGAAAAUCGUCGCAGGCGGCUAUAGUCAAGGAGCCGCUCUCAUGGCUAGUGCUAUCAGCACACUACCAGCGAAUUUAA